UCGGCGUGACCUGAGAGAGCAUGUAAACCGAAACAUGGUAAAUAGUUUGUGUACCAGUGAGAUCAGAGCUGCUUCUACAGCAACAUGUUCUGCCUCAUUUGUUUAACUGAUAUCCACAGUUAGCCAGAUAAAUCCAGCAGUGCAUGUGCGAUUUUUUUCCUGCUGGAUCUCUGUGACUUGUGUAAACCAUGACAUUAGUCAGAUUCCAUGUUGUGGGUUUGCUGAGGAGGUUCCACACUUCUUUGACGUGCACACUUCAAAAUCAUAAAUAUGCCAGUUUUUCUACACCGUCCCUCUCUUCAUCCUGCUCAGCUCUUAUUACAAAGCGAUGUCUGAGUACCAGCUGGCCUCUGAGAAGCGAUGCUCCUCAGCAGAAAGAUAAGAUGGACUUGGACAUAUGGAAGUCAGUCAUGAGAUCCCAAGCAUCUUACGAGGAGAAACCCCAGGAUGAAGGUGAAGAAGACGCUCCUGCAGAGGACAGAGGGGACUCUCCAUUAGAGGCGAGUCGUAAACUGGUGGAGAUGUGGCGUCAGGCUGGCAAAACGGUUCCUGAAAAUGUUUCUGAUGAGGACCUGGAGACUCUCGCGGAACUCACCACAAAGUCUUCCAAAAGGAAGUACCUGAAGUAUCUGGCGAUCAAAGAGGGACAUAAAAAGGCCAACAGAGAAAAGAAAGAGAAAAAGAAGGCUGAAAGAUUGGCCGGGAUGAAGGAUCAUGAUUGUAAGCAAGAAGGAGACUUUGAAACUGAUGAUGUGGAGGAAGAAGGAGAAGCGAAAUUAAAAAACACAUAUCUGAUGCGCUUCUGGUCUCGCUCCAUGGACAGAUUAUUGGGCUGGAGGGUGGCACAAGCCAUGCAGCAUGGCCAACCGCUGGUCUACGACAUGAGCUAUGAUCAUCACAUGUCAAGGCGGGAGCUGGAGAACACAUCCUCUCAGCUUAUGGAGAGCGAAGGUUGGAACCGCCGCUCGGUUGAUCCCUUCCACUUGCAUUUCUGCAACCUUCAGUCAGGUGGCUCCUACCAACGUGAACUCCUUAAGCGCUAUGGUCAGGAGUCCUGGGAUCGUCUCCUAAUCACUGCUACCAGCCAGCGUCACAUAGACGUAUUUCCCUCGGAGAGUCUCGUCUACCUGACGGCGGAUUCUCCUAACGUUCUCCGCACGUUCGAUCACAGUAAAGUCUACAUUAUAGGAGCCAUGGUGGACCGAUCGAUCCAGUCUGGAGUUUCUUUGGCCAAUGCCAAGCGCCUCAAGCUGGCCACGGCCCGUCUGCCUCUGGACGAGUACCUGCACUGGGACAGUGGUGCCAAGAACCUGACUCUGGAUCAGAUGAUCCGCAUCUUGAUAACCGCCAAGGAUACGGGCAGCUGGGAGAAGGCGCUGGAGUUUGUGCCCAAGCGAAAGCAUGAUGGCUUUCACCAGCAAAGAAGGGAGGAUAGUGUUCAAAGUACAACAAACAAACCCAGAAGGACCGUAAACACACACAAAGACCCAGAAAAGGAGCAAGGACAAAUAUUAGUGAGCAAGCAGAGACGGAAAAUUUCCAAAGGAAGCGAGUUUAACUCCAAACCUUCAUCUGUAUCAGACCCUCCUGGACAGAGCAAACUGCGGAUUGCAUUAAAAAGUAAAAUAGAGGAACGUAGUAAAACGCAGGGUAAAAGGAACUGGUGGGAGGAAAAUUAGCCAGUUUGAUUUAACAAAGCAAUAGUUGGGUUAAAACACUCGUUUACAGCCUCGUGACUUCAGUACAAAAGCAAACAGAAGAUAAAACGUUUUGCUUGAUUGAUAGUUUUGUGGAAAUGUGAAACUGUCUACAUUUAAUCUUCACCGAACUAUUUCUUUAAAUCAAAGUUUAUAAUAAAUAAAUCCUGUUUUUAAUAAAUAAUGUAACUAUACAGAUUGUUUUGAACGUGAUUUCAUCUUAAAU